AUGGCGGCAGCAAAGGCCUCUUCAGAGGAGACCAUGGAGCUGCGGCUGCAGCAGGCCCAGCGCUUCAAGGAGGAAGGGAAUCGCUGUUACAAAGAGGGACGUUUCCGGGAUGCCGUGAGGCGUUACCACUGGGCCCUUCUGCAGGUGAAAGGGCUGGAUCCCAGCGUGCCUUCUCCUCUGCAGGAAUUUGGUGGGGAGAGGCCUCACGUAACCCUCGAACAGGAACAAGCUCUCCACAGCACCCAAAGCGACUGCUACAACAAUCUUGCCGCCUGUCUCCUCCACAUGGAACCUGUGAACUAUGAGCGAGUGAAAGACUACAGUCUAAAGGUCCUGGAAAGGCAGCCGGAGAACACGAAGGCCCUGUAUCGUGCCGGAGUGGCAUUCUACCACCUGCGGGAUUACGACAAAGCACGCCACUAUCUCUUGGAAGCUAUCGGCAAACAGCCCAAAGAUGCCAACGUGAAGCGUUACUUGCAGCUGACGGAGUCCCAGCUGAACAGCUACCACCAAAAGGAGAAGCAGCUUUAUAUGGGAAUGUUUGGGUAGAGGCAAUGGUUCCUGCCUAGAUGUACCUGGAUGUAGUGUCGGCUGGAUCCCAUUUUUC